CGUGAAAGUUCGAGGGAAGGCGCAACGCAACGAUGUCAAAGAGAUAUUCGGUUGCCAUGCGGCCUUUUUCGAGACAGCCACAUCUCUUCUUGCUGCUACUAUUCUCAUCUGGUCUUAAGCCGCACCCGCCGGCCAACCCGGUCCUAGUACGGAAACGAAGCGACCCAGACAAUCGUGGCCUUCUCUUAUUACACCGCCCGAGGGCUCCAUUUUCGGAGCCGCGCCUCCCGCAGAAGAGAGACAAUAAAGACAGCAGACCACCAGACCAGACCGAAUCAACUGAUCGUUUGACCGACCCCCCGGAAUCGAACGAAGGACGAAAUUGCUUCUGGCGCCCAACGGGACGGAUGCUGGUGACAGGUUUUGUGGGAUAA